AUGUCGGCCCAAGGCAGCAAUGUGCUGCAGCAAUUCAUGACUGCGAUUGCGGAGUUGGUGAAAAAUCGCGAUGGCGCCAAGCUGCAGGAUUUCUUACAGCUAGAACCCCCGUUGAAUGAAACAUACCAGCAGAUGGUGGCGGAAUUGCGAUAUGACUAUCCCGACACCCCGGCGAAGAAUAAGGAACUUCUGCGUCGAUGUGAACAGCUCGUCCCAAGCUCCAAGCACGGCAGUACGUGGUCGGCGUUUCCGCUUUUUAUUAGGAUGUACUUCACCUUUCUUCGGGACGUCUAUGUCGAGAACCUUCUUGAGACAUAUGAACAGUUAAAGGCUUUAUUGAAUCAGUCUGUUUUAGCACUAGGAGAUUCCCAAUCUGGCAUCAUUAUGCUGCCCACCGUUCUGUAUCUUUCGAAAGUGCUGGCAAAGCUGGCCACGGGUUUGGACUGUCGGCCAGCGUUGGUCGCGCAGUUACAGCAGAUGGACGGCAAUGCCAACGCGGACGAAAGCGCUGAGAAGGUGACAUUUGUCGAAAAGGCGGCGAACGCUGUGCGGGACGCUUUUAUCAAAUGCAUCAUGGACCGCAGCGGCAACACCGGGAAGCCUGAAGGGAAAAGAGUGGGAAUCUACCUCAUGGCCAACUUGUGUUUGAAACUGCUCUUCCAGUGCGGUAAACUCCGAAAUGCGGAGAACCUGUUCUCUGGUAUCACUACGCAAUCUCCGCCGUUGAAGGAAUACCCGGCCUCUCAGAGAGUGACCUACCUCUAUUAUCUUGGACGAUACCUAUUCUUAAACAACCUCUUCUAUCCCGCGCAACACGCCUUACAGUCCGCCUAUGAGCAAUGUCAUCAUCGCGCACUGAAUCAGAAGCGCAAUAUUCUCGUCUAUCUAAUCUCGUGCAAUGUCAUAAUGGGGCGUUUCCCGUCAUUAGCAUUGGUCGAUCGGCCCGAAGCAGAGCCGCUAGCAGACAAGUUCAUUCCGUUAUGCAGACUGAUCGCCAAGGGCGAUUACAUCGAAUUCCGACAGUAUCUCGCUAUUGACUCGCCCACAUCCGAAUGGUUUGCCAGAAAGGGGAUAUUGCUUGCCUUACGAAAUCGCUGCGAAAUUCUUGUCUGGCGGUCUUUGGCACGCAAGGUGUUUGUCCACGGCGGCUUUCACGGCGAACCCCAAGGGUCGACCCAGCGUGGACCCCCUCCAUACCUCUACCUGAGUAAGCUAGAAACAGUCGUGCGAUGGAUCCAGUCGCGACAAGCAAACUCCUCUGAGGGCGGAAGAGAUGCCAUGGCCGGCAGCAACGAGGUUGGAUCACAGCUCGUCUACAAGGACAUCGACCCUGAUUUCGAAUACGUGGAUAAGCCCUUCCCAGCCGACCUGACCUUGGACCGCGAUCAGUUGUUGAACAAAUACGACGAUUACCUCGCUGCAGACGCCUAUUUCGACAAGUUCGGGAAUCUAGAGACAAAUAUGGCCCGCUUUGCAAUUGACCAGGAGCCCCCGGCCAAUCGCUACCGGGACUAUGAAUUGAAUCCAUACGCCGUUGACCCGAGCGAAUACGAUUCCGAGCAGCCGUCCAAACUGCUGCGUGAACUCGAAUCCAUCCUUGCUUCGCUUUUGACUCAAGGCCUAAUGGGUGGUUAUCUAACGCAUCGCAACCCUCGGUUCGUCAUCCCCGGUGCCCGGAUUCGGGGCCUUUUGCCUACCGGGUUUCCCAACGUCUGGCAAACGAUCUCAACGCGGGAGGGUUAUACUGAUAGCGUUCCCGGGUGGGUGCAGCGUGAUCGCGAUGGGGGUGGCGGUGGCCGAGUGAUUCACUUGAAAAGUGCACGACCUGUUGGAGCAUAA